AUGCAAUGGCAAACGGAAAUCAAACAAGAACGAGAGCGAUGGUUUCUGGCACACAAGGAAGAACUUGAUCAGUUAGAAACGUAUUGGGAGGACAAAGCCGAACGAAAACUGCUCCGUCGAAAAAUUGACGAACAGAAUGCGGAACUUACACGCUUGCAACAGGAGCUCGACUACAUGACCGAUCAAACCCGUGAACGAAACGUUUCGUCCAAAGAAAUCAUCAAGCAGUUGGAACAGAAAUUGGAAAAAUCCAAUCGUGAAAAUGUUGUCCUACGGGAUGAACAACAACGCGUGCUCACAACCAUGAAAACCGAACUGCAGUCGUGCGAAGAUCGACUGCGUCAAGCGAAUGCGGAGAAAAACCAGCUACAUGACACUGUCAUCCAAUAUGCCUCGCACGUGAGUAAACCAAUCUCUCAAGUGUGUGUGUGA